UUAGUCUCCUGCUUUGCUUUAAACUGGUUUUCUGAGUUGUAGUGAUUUGUUUAGAUGAGUUUAGGUAGUUGAGUUUGUUUUCGAGUAACUAAAUUCUGUGUGUUGAGGUCGUGAUUGUUUUUUUUUCUACUGAAUCCCCGAGUCCCUGCCUUGUUUUGUUUCUACAACGAAUCCGAGUUUUGAGUCUGUUUGUGAACCUGUGGUCGGGUUAGGCCAACCAAGUGUUAUUGUAGUUUGAAAUAAUAGUCCGAACUGUAUAUAUUUUUGUGAACAUGUUAAUUUUCUAUUGUCCUGACUUAUUUUGUAAUUUAAAUCUAUGAAUUUGUUUCAAAUUCUGCCACUUAAUCAUGGAACUAAAUAACAGUGUUUAAGUGAUUUUAUACUUUCCAGAGCUGAGAUUAUAACAGUAGCAUGGCAAGCUGAUAUUGUUCACUUUCCAGAGCUGCAAUCUAUUUAUGCAAAACUAUGUAGUCUUGUAUUGAUUAUGUAGUGCUCAUCUGACAUUAUGUUUUAAGUAUUGAUUUUAUGUUAUUUAUUGUUACAGGCACUCAAAGACGACAUAGCGCGCGUGUUAUCCUCCAAAAGCUAAGAAGAAAUAUAAGCGACGAUGUCAUAACUAUUGAUGUGGAAAGCAAUGAAAAGGGGGGUAAAGAGAGUGUGAUUAAGAGAAAUACUAGAAGUAACAAGGAGGUGAUCAUUCAACAACAAAAGAAAGACUCAACAGGAGUGAAAAAUGUUGCUGAAACUACCUCUGACGAUGAUUUUCAAACUCCACCUCGAAAAUCGUUGAAAACAGUUGUGCAAAAGAGAUUGCCUAACAAAGUUGACGAACGACCGAAAAAAAAGCAAAAAGAGAACAAUGAUAAAGGUAAAAACAAAGGAGGCCAGAAACAGAAAAUAGAGCAGAGGGACAAGAUUAUAAGCAAGGAAGAUGAAAUAGCAAAGAUUAGAAACUCUCCUAGACUUUUAUGUGAUAUGAUUUCUGCAUUAUCUGACGAACAAGAGGAGUGGGUGAAGAGUGCAGGGUUCGGGAGUUUAGUAGACUUUGAAUUGUGGGAGAUACCUCAGAGAUUGGCCUAUAAAGUCCUAGAGGCUUUCGAUGAAAAAAAAUGCAUGUUAGUACUCCAAAGCGGCAAAAUAAAGAUAAUUGAUCAUCUUGUGCAUGAGAUACUUGGACUCCCUUGUCGUGGACAUGAAGUUAAGCUGGCGCAAGGUGAUUCGAGGUAUGAUAGACUGCUGGAGUGGAGAGAACAGUUCUCAGUUUCUGAAGGACAGAGCCUGAUUAAAGCAAGUGAUGUGGUGGAAAAGAUGAGGCAGAGUGGGGCAGUUGAUGACCUAUUUAAGAUCAACUUUCUAGUGGUGAUGGCAAAUGUUCUAAUCAGAUCAAACACAAACAACUUUGUGGCCCAGUCCAUAAUUUCGUUUGAUGACGAUCUUGAUAAUUGUGCAAAAUAUAACUGGGCUUCAUAUUUGAUACGGAGUUUGGUGAUUACAAAGCAAAGGUGGAAGCGCACAUCAUCACUUUUCUAUACCGGACCAAUGAUAUUUCUACUUAUUUUGUAUGUUGACCGAGUUGUGUUCAACAUAAACACAAAAGUACCAAGGAAACAACCAGCUUUUAGAGGUUGGACAAAGGAGAAACUAAAAGAAAGGGAAGUCAUGGAAUUGGAACCAGGUGCUUUUGGUUCUGGGACAAUACUUAGAGAUGCAACUCCUCAACAAUCAAACCAAACACAUAAAUCUGCGAAGGAACGGGUGGAAGAUGAUAGACAAGCUGAAAUUGAAGAAAUUUUUGCAGAACAAAAUAAUAAUGGAGAUGAUCAUCCUGGUGUAGAUAAUCAUCCGUGUGGAAAUGAUCAGCCGGGUGGAGAUGAUCAGCCAGAUGACAUAACAGAGAUAUUGCUUGUUUUGGUUUUUGUAAAUGAAAGAGUAGUAGUAUGUGUAAGUCAGAGAAUUGAUAGUGGUUUAAGAGAAAUUAGUGAUUGUUAG